GUGCUGGGAUCUGAACCCGGGUCUUAUGCAAGAACAGUCAGUGUUCUUAACCACUGAGCCAUCUCUCCAGCCCCAUGAUCUGGACUUUUAAGGAUGCCUAGGCAUUUACCGGAAGACAGAAGAAAGGGCAGACCUACCUAGGAAGAGAACUAGUUAGAAAGAUACCUAAGUGUUUACAGGCGAUGGCAUCUCUCCUUGAAAAAAAAGACCAGGACUGUUGGGAAGGAAAGGGGGUGGAGGAGAACGCAUAAAAGACUCAGAGUAUAGAGGGUCAGGUGUUAGUGCAGUGGGGAAGUGGAUGUGGGAAUCAUGAGUUUGAGGCUAGCUUAAGCUACACAAGUUGACACUGCCUUAAAGUUUUGACUUUAUGCAGGGCAGAGUUGCAGUGAAGGAUUUGUGCAUCCACAUCCACAUGCACAUGGAGGCCAGAGCAGAAUGUUGGGUAGCCCUGCUUUGCUGCUGUCUCUGAAACUAGAGCUAGGCUGGCAGAGAGCAAGUCUCAGCAAUCCUCCUGUCUCUGCCCCUCACCCCGCAGUGCUGGAGUUAUAGAUACCUACUGUACGAGUGUAACCCCCCAAAAUACUGACUUUUUACAUGGGUUCUAGGGAUUGGAACUCAGGUUGAGCAGCAAGUGUUCUCUCCCGUCUAGCCAUCUCCCCAGCCCCCAAUGAAGGAUUUUAACUACUGAAGUGUCAUCACCUAAUACUUUGUUUUUCAAAAGCUAGUCUGAGAGGGAUUGACUGGUAAUUCAGAAUUACUGUGUUCUAAACAUUCGGCUUUCAAUUACCUUCUCUCAAAAACCUUUCAUAGCAGUGAUAGGAAGAACAAGGGAGAUAGGGGAGGGUAAGACAGAAAAUGUAUUGAGGGCCCAAGGGGUAAAGCUCAGUGAUAGAAAGUUCAUGUGUCUGGGGUUCAGUCCCCAGCACCGCAAAAGUUUCUAAACGACAUCCCCACAAGGGUGUGUGUGCAUGUUAUCGGCACCUAUACAAUAAGUAUAUCGCAAAUAUUGUUUUUGGAAGCUUUGUUCUAUACUCGCAUGAACUACUUUGAGCCUAUCGCAUACCGAGUCAGGAUGUAAAACCUAUUUCUCACUGUGGGAUACUACAAACAAAAAAAAGAAAAAAAAGAAAAGCAGUGGCACUGCUAGGAAGUGUAGGUUUGAGCAGCCUGAGUUUAACAGCUGAGGAUGCAGGACUCAGAGAGUCUAAGGUCCCACGGUAAGUUAGGUGUGUACGUUUCCUGCCCACGCUGGUCUGAAGCCAGGGUGAAUUCCCCCACGAGUGCCACGCCGCCUGCUCCUAGGCGUUCACAGAAGGUAGGCUCGAAGGGAAAGGUAAACCUACCUGGGUGGUGCCUACCAAGUGCUGUACCUCAUUCGGGAAGAAAUGAGGCGGAGACCAAAUCGCUCAGCCUCCAGCGAGCAACUCAGACCACCUGAGGCACUGGCUAAAACACAGAUUUUAGGUACACCAGAAAAGUAGCAAAAGUGGUUAGGGGAGGCGGCCCGGGAAUCCGCCAUUGGAAAGAGGAGACCACCGCGACGCGCCCUUGGGGCCUUAGGAAUUAGGGGGGCUCUGCGAUAAGCCGGUGAGGACUAGGAGGGCCUUGGACUAGGACCAUGACAGUCCCCUCUCGGACAACCCCAAGUCCCACUAUGGCGUCAACCCCAAGUCCCAUUAUGGCGUCUGCCCUCCUCAGGCGACCCUGGCCGAGGGGCGCGCUGAAAGCUUCCGGCUCAGCAGAACCUAUCUGCCUCACCUGGCCAGGACUGCGCCUAAGGAGCGAUGUAUAUGCUUCGUGGCCUCACCCUGAGGACUUCUGAUUGGCUUUAGAGCAGAUCUAUCACUCAUCUUCUGGGUUAGAGGUGGGUGGAAGGUCAGCUAUGACCAAUAAAGAAGCGUUUCUCGGCUAAGCCCCUCCCCAUCCAGCUUCCUGUUGCUGUCCAUCAACCUCCUGGCGGGCGGGACUUUGCCUCCCGCCAGUUGGCUAAUGGACACGUCCUUCAUUCCUCAGUGGAUUUCCGGUUGGUGCCCGCUACCGUCUAUCAGUGACGCUUCACAGUUCUAUUGGCCAAACCAACGUCACUCUAGAUGCGGCUCAAUGAUUGCUUGGAAAUGCUGUCGGUCCCCAAUGUGCCGAACGCUCAUUGGUGAGCUCUGCCGUCGCUCGGGCGGUGGCGGGCUCCGGGAUUGGCGGGUGCUAGGCGGGCGGUGUCAGGCUCUCGGUGGCGGCGGAGGCGGCGGAGGCCAGGGAGGAAGAUGUCGUAAUGAGCGCAGAUCCACAGACGAGCAUGGCUGCCACUGCUGCUGUCAGUCCCAGUGACUACCUGCAGCCUGCCACCGCUACUACCCAGGACUCCCAGCCAUCUCCUUUGGCCCUGCUUGCCGCAACAUGUAGCAAAAUUGGCCCACCAGCUGUUGAAGCUGCAGUAACACCUCCUGCUCCCCCACAGCCCACACCACGGAAACUAGUCCCCAUCAAACCUGCCCCUCUCCCUCUCAGUCCUGGAAAGAAUAGCUUUGGCAUCUUGUCUUCUAAAGGAAACAUACUUCAGAUUCAGGGCUCCCAGCUGAGUACCUCCUAUCCUGGAGGGCAGCUGGUGUUUGCUAUCCAGAACCCCACCAUGAUCAACAAAGGGAGCCGAUCGAAUGCCAGUAUCCAGUACCAGGCGGUUCCUCAAAUUCAAGCAAGCAGUUCCCAGGCCAUACAGGUGCAGCCCAAUCUCACCAACCAGAUCCAGAUCAUCCCUGGCACCAACCAAGCCAUCAUCACCCCUUCAUCAUCCAGCCACAAGCCUGUCCCCAUCAAGCCAGCCCCUGUCCAGAAAUCAAGUACAACUACCACCCCUGUGCAGAGUGGGGCCAACGUGGUGAAGCUGACAGGUGGAGGUGGCAACGUGACGCUCACUCUGCCCGUCAGCAACCUGGUAAACACCAGUGAUGCUGGGGCCUCUGCUCAGCUCCUCACUGAAAGCCCCCCUACCCCAUUGUCUAAGACUAACAAGAAAGCCAGAAAGAAGAGCCUUCCUGUCUCACAGCCAUCUGUGGCUGUGGCUGAACAGGUGGAGACAGUGCUGAUUGAGACCACAGCCGACAACAUCAUCCAGGCAGGAAAUAACCUGCUGAUUGUCCAGAGCCCUGGUGGGGGCCAGCCAGCUGUGGUCCAGCAAGUCCAGGUGGUACCCCCCAAGGCCGAGCAGCAACAGGUGGUGCAGAUCCCCCAGCAGGCACUGCGGGUGGUGCAAGCUGCCUCAGCUACCCUCCCCACUGUUCCCCAGAAGCCCUCCCAGAACUUUCAGAUCCAGACAGCUGAAUCAACACCAACCCAGGUCUAUAUCCGUACACCUUCUGGUGAGGUACAGACAGUCCUUGUCCAGGACAGCCCCCCGGCAACAGCUGCAACCACCUCAACCACCUGUAAUAGCCCUGCCCCCCGAGCUCCCCAUCUGAGUGGCACCAGCAAAAAGCAUUCAGCUGCAAUUCUCCGAAAAGAACGUCCCCUGCCAAAGAUUGCACCUGCUGGGAGCAUCAUCAGCCUGAAUGCCGCACAGCUGGCAGCAGCUGCCCAGGCCAUGCAGACCAUCAACAUCAAUGGCGUUCAAGUCCAGGGUGUGCCUGUUACCAUCACCAACACUGGUGGACAGCAGCAGCUGACGGUACAGAAUGUUUCUGGAAACAACCUGACCAUCAGUGGGCUGAGCCCCACCCAGAUCCAGCUGCAGAUGGAGCAGGCCCUAGCUGGAGAGGCCCAGCCCGGGGAGAAGCGGCGCCGUAUGGCCUGCACGUGUCCUAACUGCAAGGAUGGGGAGAAGAGGUCUGGAGAGCAGGGCAAGAAGAAGCAUGUGUGCCACAUCCCUGACUGUGGCAAGACGUUCCGGAAGACAUCUUUGCUCCGGGCCCAUGUUCGCCUGCACACAGGCGAGCGGCCCUUUGUCUGCAACUGGUUCUUUUGUGGAAAGAGGUUCACGCGAAGCGACGAACUCCAGCGGCAUGCUCGCACCCACACAGGGGACAAGCGCUUUGAGUGUGCUCAGUGUCAGAAGCGCUUCAUGAGAAGUGACCACCUCACCAAGCAUUACAAGACCCACCUAGUCACGAAGAACUUGUAAGGCCAACUGAGGCAGGAGGCCCCGAAGAUGGAAUCCCCCCAUCUGUCUGGCCAGGGCCCAUGGGGGACAGGUGCCCACAAAUGCCCUGGACCCACCCUCACCCCAACUCCUGUUAUGUGGCUGUGUCCCCACAGGAAGGGCUCUGGUCCUGUGCUCACCUUCUUCCAAAGGCCCUCAGCGCUACCUUGCCCUUCCCUUCUCACCAUGAGUUCCUCAGCCUGCUCAGGCCAUGGACACUGGCCAUGCCCAAUGAGACGUUCUAAACCAGGACGCAUGGGGACCCUUAUUUCCAAAGGAAAAACAUGCAUUUCACUCCGUCGAGGAGCAAAGUGAGCCCCCACCCCAUUCCCUGCCCCAACACUGCCGGAGUCCCAUUGUGCCAUGCCCCCAUCCUGUGCCCCCUGUUCCUCUCAACCACAUCCUUCUCUGGCCACUAGGGAUGCCCUGGGGCCCUGUAACCAGUCUCCCACUGGCACCCACUUUGGAGGCUUGGGAGGCUGCCUCCGCUCCACUGCCCAGCCCUGCCACGGCUCUCCUCCAGACAUUCCAACUUUCUAUUUGAAAGGUCAGAUGCCGGCGGACUCCUCCCACUCCCUAUUUUCUAUGGAGAACGUUGCCUUAUACUCUCUACUUCAGAUGAUGAACACUGUGUAUGUGUGUGCUUUAAAGACGUUUUAUUGAAUUGCUCCCUCUUCAUUUCUUUGGUAGUCACCUCCCCAUGCUUGUGUUCAGUUUAGGGUUUGGGGGGCAAUGAUGAGCAUAUGAGUUUUUCUCACUCCAGCAAUUCUCCUUUCUAAGUGACACAUUUCAGCUCAGAUCCUGGACUCACCUCCCAUUCUGACCCCCCCCAUCUCUCCCACUGCUCGCCCAAGCUCUACUGUGUACAGUGUAUAUUGUAUAAUAGACGAUUGUGUCUACAACGUUUUAAAACAUAUUGCUUGUUAUUUUUGAGGCUUUUAAAUUAAACAAAAAUCCAACUUUAUUUUUAGUUGUAACUGCUUGAGGUAUGUUUUAUGAAUUAAGUGACAGAUUUGUUAUCCUUUAUUAACAAUGUACUUUGUUGGUCAGUGCUGGGCUGACGAAAAUUUUCUUGCUAAUAAACUGAGUUGCCCGAGGCAAAGUCUG